UUCUUUGUUAUAUUAUGUUUAUCACAUUCAUAUUCAAGAGUCAUAUGUCUUAAGUCCACUCGAUUUUCAAGCCAUGGCAUGUUUACCUUGAGCUUACUUCAGGAAGUAGAAUUACAUGAAGGGUCAAUUCCAGCUGACGCAUCAGAUGUCUCAGUGUCUCGUUGUCGCGAAUUGAGGAUCCACUCAGGAGCUUUUACAGGCGGUCCUCAACUAAAACGAGUUCACGUGACGGGAAUACACAGCGUUGUCGCUAAAACUCAAGCAUUUCACAAUAUUAGCGCUCCAAAUCCACUCUUGGAAGUUACCGAAUGCAAUCGAGUUGUAUUGGAGUCUCAGGCGUUCAAAAACGCACGUGGAACGCUUUCAGUGUCUAUAUCAAGAUGCAAGCACGUUGAGAUAAAGCCAAAUGCCUUCUCUUGGUUACUCAGAUUCUCGAUUAGCCAAGUUCCUGAUCUUGAAUUAUCGAGCAACGCUUUUAAAUUUGAUGCACCUCCUCACGGUCGUCAUGGACCAGCGACUAAGAUAAUGUUCCAAAGUGUUAAAAUAACGGAGUUGCCAAGUUCAGUAUUUCCGUCAGCAGCUGCUGAGAUUCGUAUGGACGACGUUUGGACAAAAGUUAUUCGCAAGGAUGCUUUCUGCGCAUUGCUAUUUCUCGGAGUUAGAAUAAGCAAUGCGUCAAUAAACGACAUCGAGUAUGGAGCGUUCAACGACAAAACUCUAAUUCAUAAUUUCGAGUUAAUCGACGUGUCACUACGAAAUAUCAAAAAUGGAUCCUUCCGAGCUGCAUUUAACAACUUUACAAUUCAAUAUUCGAGAUUCAAUCGAAAGCGGAGCAAUAGAUAUUUCAGCAGCAGCAAUAGCCUUCAACAACAACGAAUUCCACAUGCUUGAAAAGAAGUCAAUAAUCCUGAAACAAUGGAGCAAGAUCAUCGUGGACCACAACCACUUUAUCGACAUAGCCGAGGAUGGAAUCGUCGCGGAUGAAAUCGCUGAAAAAACCCCAGAACAGCAGCUUGAAUUCUCGUUCCGCGGUAACAGAAUUAACAAAGCUGAGAAAAAUUCGCUGCGAUUCGCGUCAAUCAGCGAAAAGUCCAACAUAAACAAUGCGACUGUCGGCAACAACUACUUCGAAAAAAUGUGCAAUUGCUUCAUUGAGAACUACAUCCGUGAAAUAACCGGGAGGAACUCUUCCGUGGAGUGGAUAAUGAAGUCUAGUUACUGCAUCGCCGGAGACUGGUUAGGAAAUUGUUUGAAAAUCCCUCAGGGUUAUUUAGAAAUGGGGAAUUUCACGUCUACGAUCUGCAGCCCGGAGGACAAUGUAGUUUGCCGCGAGCCCUCAGAAAAGCCAACAUCCAGUGUUAGUCCACCCAGUGUGGGUCCACACGUUUAUCCUCGACAGAACAGCUUCUUCGACGUCGAAAUGAGCGACUCAGAACAAUUGGAACGUGAAAAACGGCUGAUUGUAAUCGUCUGCGUAGCUGCUGUUUUUGUGAUAAUCGCAAUUAUCCUAACAUCGGGAAUUCUCUACAUGCGCCGCCGCGGCGUCUGCCCAAAGCUGACCUCCGGCCAUCUUAUGAACCUGACCAAUUCGUGGCUGUCGCCUAACAGCGGAAUGACCGCAGCCACAUCUGCCCGUUCAAUUUCGCGGCUCAGUAUUAAUGAGUACGCUGGGUUGAGGCCAGAAAUGCGGAUUUUGAACGAAAAUGAACAAAAUGACACCCUUCAAGAAAAUGCAGAUGUUCUGACCGAAGAAGGCUUCACCUAUACGGAAAACAAAGCUUCUCAAACGCUGCCAGAAGAACUGACCGAGGAAUAUUUAAGGGAACUACGUGACCGACUUAACGACCCGGAUAAUUACAGCCAGGCGCGUGAUAUGAUUGAGCAUCUUUAUGAUCUUAUAAAGGUGGAGGAAAGUUGCAAUAAUAAUAACGAGAGACCUGCAUCUUGUGGGCUGAACGAUGAGGAGAAUACUUACGAUAUAAUUGCUCCGCGAAUUCGCAGACCGCGGAACCAAAAGCCUACUACGGAUAUGGGCACAAAAGUGCCGUCUUUGGAGAAAUUGUUGCCAAGUGAGCAUUCUAUUGUCAAUAGACCGGCUAUUGCUGAGUACACUGAGCCAAGAGACCUGAGAACUAGCGUAAGUCUGUUUGCGGAGUAUGCUGAUCCGAAUGACGUUACCGCGCAUCUUUAUUCAGAGCUGCCGGAACCACAGGGCUCCUCAACGCCUGUUAGUAAAAUGGCAAAUCGACCGCUUCCGAUAAAACCAGACCAAGAGAAUGUUACUAUUAAUUUGGCCAGGACGUGA